GUACUAUAUAAAAGGGGUUAGUUUAUUUCUUUUUGAGUUUUCACGAGAGCUAUGUCCUGAUUGGAUCCAUACAAAAUCUCUCUCUCUGGUUCUCUAUCUAUCUCUACAUCCAUUCCCAAGUCGGUAUAUUUCAGAGAAGUGAGAGUAAAAAGUGGAAUUGAUACAGAGAUUAUCUUGUGAUUUUUGAAGUAUAAAGAGGAAGAACGAGAGCAAGAAACGAAGCUGCUGUUGCUGUUGCUUUGUUGGGUUUAAGCAGCAAUCAUUAAUGAAAUCACGCUGAUUUUGUGGGAUUCUUGUUUUUGCUCUUUCUUUCAUCACUCCCUCUAGCAUUUCAGGUAGUGUGUUAGAAAAUGUCUAGGCCUCUGCAUAGAGGCAUAUCCGGGAUGCGGAUCUCUGGGAACAGCAACGAUUUAUGGGACUCUCAAAUGAAGGAUAAACCAGAAAAGGAAGAAUUGGAGAAGAACCGUUCUUCAGAUCAAAGUUAUUUAGCUCUGAGGUUUCCUUUUCGGGUACUUUUCCCUGAUAAUGUUUCUCCUUCUAAGUACGGUAGUACUGAAAAUGGCAUUGCUUCUGAUCCAUUCAGCAUCGGGACUCCAAGAAGCAGGCACAAAUUCACAUUGCUACUUCUGAAGUUGAGCUUAGUUGUCAUUUUAGUUCUUGCUCUUACCGGAUCUUUUUGGUGGACUAUCUCGAUAACAACUUCAUCAAGAGGUCAAAUAUUCCACAAUUACAGGCGGCUUCAGGAGCAACUUGUCUCAGACCUAUGGGACAUUGGCGAAUUGUCUCUUGGUUCCUCCAGGUUGAAGGAAGUGGAAUUCUGUCCGCAGCAGUAUGAAAAUUAUGUUCCUUGCUAUAAUGUUUCAGAAAAUAUUGAUGGUAACGAGAAUGACCGUUAUUGUGGACUAGGGUCAAGGCAAAGUUGUUUAGCACUUCCACCAACCAAUUAUAAGAUUCCUCUUCGGUGGCCUACUGGAAGGGAUGUCAUCUGGGUUGCAAAUGUCAAAAUUACUGCACAGGAGGUACUUUCCUCUGGUAGUUUGACCAAGAGGAUGAUGAUGUUGGAUCAAGAGCAGAUUUCCUUUCGUUCAGCCUCUAUGUUUGAUAGUGUUGAAGAUUACUCGCAUCAAAUUGCUGAAAUGAUUGGACUAAGAAACGAAUCUAACUUCAUAAAAGCUGGGGUAAGAACCAUUUUGGACAUAGGAUGUGGUUAUGGGAGCUUUGGAGCACAUCUCUUCCAAAGACAGCUUCUAACUAUGUGCAUUGCAAACUAUGAAGCUUCAGGCAGUCAAGUGCAACUUACCCUUGAACGCGGUCUUCCAGCGAUGAUUGGUUCUUUUACUUCAAAACAGUUGCCAUUUCCUUCCCUUUCCUUUGAUAUGCUGCAUUGUGCACGGUGCGGGAUUGAUUGGGACCAAAAAGAUGGUAUUUUCUUGGUUGAAGUUGAUAGAGUUUUAAAGCCUGGUGGAUACCUUGUCUGGACCUCACCUCUCACAAAUGCCCGUAACAAAGAGAAUUUGAAAAGGUGGGACUUUGUCCGAGGUUUUGCAGAAAAUAUGUGUUGGGAGAUGUUGUCUCAACAAGAUGAAACUGUUGUAUGGAAAAAGACUGCUAAAAAAAGUUGUUAUUCUUCCAGGAAACCUGGUUCAGGCCCUUCAAUCUGCAGUAGAGGCCAUGAUGUUGAAUCUCCUUACUAUCGACCGCUCCAAGCAUGCAUAGCAGGAACACAAAGUCGCCGAUGGAUUCCUAUAGAAGAGAGGACAAUCUGGCCUUCUAGGUCUCACUUAAGCAAGAACGAGCUUGCAAUUUAUGGUAGUCUGCAUCCAGAAGAAUUUACAGAGGACAGUGAGAGCUGGAGAACUUCAAUAAGCAAUUAUUGGUCGCUUCUGUCACCAUUAAUAUUCUCAGAUCAUCCAAAGAGACCUGGGGAUGAGGAUCCUUCUCCACCAUAUAACAUGCUCCGAAAUGUGUUGGACAUGAAUGCUCAUUUUGGUGGCUUUAACUCUGCGCUGUUGGAAGCUGGGAAGUCUGUGUGGGUUAUGAAUGUUGUGCCAACAAGUGGACCUAACUACCUACCCAUGAUUCUUGACAGGGGUUUUGUCGGUGUACUGCAUGACUGGUGUGAAGCAUUCCCUACAUAUCCCAGAACUUAUGAUUUAGUGCACGCAGCAGGGCUAUUAUCCCUUGAAACUGGUCAGCAGCAUAGAUGCACCAUGCUGGACAUAUUCACUGAGGUUGAUCGAUUACUUCGCCCUGAGGGGUGGAUGAUAAUACAUGACACAGCUCCGCUCAUUGAAUCAGCAAGAGCUCUAACUGCACGGCUGAAGUGGGAUGCACGAGUUAUAGAAAUCGAAAGUAACAGUGACGAGAGGCUCCUUAUCUGCCAGAAACCUUUCUUUAAGAAACAAGCAAGCUGAUUAUGAAUUUCUCAGAAGAAUCCUGAGAAGUUAGAUCAAACUAUUCAUAUCCAUUUUGCAAUGUUUAUUAAUGAUCAUAAUACUCCGUCAUAGAACGGAGGAAUCAAAAAAUUUUGAACAGAAAGAAGAAGCCAGAAAACAGCGGGGAGGAAGCAAACAAACUUUGGUGGAUACAACCACAAAUCCUGUGAAGCCGUAAGGCUUUCAUAGGGCCAUGUAAUUACUAAGAUGAGGUGCCGAGCAAAGGACAACUAUAGAAUCAGAUCUAUUUAUCCAUUUUCCAUGCAAUGUCACAUUACAACCAUACAACCACAUGAUUAAGAUUGUGAAGAAAGAUGAUUACAAAAUAAGCUAGUCUUCUUUGAUGUAGCAGUAGUAUAUAAAAAGAAUUCCUGGAAGUUCAUUUUUAUUUUAAGGAAUACUUAUAUAUAUAAAUAUAUUUGUUCAGUUGA